AUGGCCACAGCACAGACAAGCCCCAAUGGGUCCCAGCUCCUGGGGGAAAGGAGGCAAAAGCUCCAGGAUGUGCUGAGAGAAGCAGGACUGGCAGUUGAGUACUGGCUACCGCAGCUACAGGAACACCUUGGUGUCACCUGCACCCAGGCUCUACAACACCUAGAAGAGAAGGACCUGAAGAAGCUACAGUCCCAGGCACAACACACCUGGGAGAAAAGGGCCCUGGAGAAACUGCUGAACCUAUCGCACACAGAUGGCCUAUCAGAGUCACAGGAGGCACAGGCCGAAAUGAUGAAGAAGCAGCAGAAGCAGGCGGAGCAGGUACUACAGGACCUGCAGGACUUGUUGUCAGCAGGGAGACAGCGGCAGGAAGAGGCAGUGAGGAGUAAAGAGGCAGAGCUAAGACGAGCCAUGGACAUCCCCAAAGAGUACUGGCCCCCUCCUCAGACAUCCCUAAACAAAGUCAUAGAAAGCAUACAGAAACAACUUGACCUCACGGAGGGGACACUGUCCCACAGACAAAACCUUCCAGAUAGAGAGCUGGUGAGAUUAUCUGGAGGGCUGGCCCUGCAGGGAAUUUACAAAACCAGCUCUGAGAGAAGCCUGAUAGAGAGGAAAGAAGAACUGCUCUGUGUCCCCAAGGGGUUCUCACUUUCUGGCCCUGAGCAGGGCCCACGCAUGGAAACAAGAGAAUUUACAUCUGCUGAAGACGAGUCCAUCUUCACCCAGACUAUAGGAAAACUGGGCUUCGGUAUAACUGCUGCAGCCAAGUGUGGAGGUUGGGGAAUAAACCUGGAGACUGGUAUAGAUUACAACAAACAUUCAGAAUCCAAGCAAACCCAACAAUCAUGUUCUCAGCAUUCAUAUUUCUGUACAACCAAGUUCAGCUACAUCCCCCUGGCCUCCUGCCACUUCCCUGCUGACCAGCUCCAGCUCUCCAAGGCUGCUCUCCAGGAACUGCAAUGUAUUGAUGACCUUCUGGGUCAGCCUGCAGAUACAGACAGAUUUGUCUUGUUGAGGAGCAGGGCUGCAGCCUUCUUCCACAGGUUUGGCUCUCACGCUAACCAGGGCCCUCUGCAUCUGGGAGGAAUCUACUGGUGGAAAGCCACUGCAGAGGGCUUCCAGAGCAAGCAGCUGGCAGAAGUGAAACAGCAAGCAGUGAAAGCCCUAGAUAGUUACAUAAGGGGCAGCUACAGUGGCAUCAGUGUGCAAGUUGAGGCAGGUGUGGAUGUGUCAGCCUCCCAUUCAAGCACAGCUUCUCAAAAAACCACCUUCCAAAACCUCCAAACCAAAGUCCAAUUAUCUACUUCCCAGACAGGUGGCCCACCGGAAGCAAACAGCCUCAUUCACUGGAAAGCUGGCCUCGUGGCCAGUAAUCAAACCUGGUGUGUCAUUGACCAGGGACUUCAGCUGGUGCCCAUCUGGGACAUCAUCCUUUCCAGCCACAGCAGUGAUUUUAAGGACCCUCUUCAGGUAGCUAACUGCCUGAAAGACUGUUAUGCUGCAAUGGUUGACCUCCCAGCCCAAACCCAGAAUAGGGAAAAAUUACUGAGUACAGGGUCAGAGACUAGGGCUUUCCUGGAGAAUGUAAAAUCCUGGGAGGUAUCUGAUCCUGAAGAGCAACUAAAGAAACUGAUAGAUUUCAUGCAAAUAUUGAAUGAAAAAGUUAAAAGUUAUGACACUUGGAUUUACACAUGCCUUACAGAUUUGGGUCUGCAGAAUUUUCUAUUAAACACAGUCAAUUUCUGCCAAAAGGUUUCCACUUACAACACUAAAUUUGUUAGAUCUCAGUUGCGCAUCCUCCUGCAUCCUCAUAUCUAUAAAGUGAAGAACUUUCCUCAGGCCCGUGCCAUCAUGCAGUGGAUCUUCCAGUCAGAGUCAGUACGGAAGCAUGUCAAUAUCUCCCAAUUUUCUGAACUAACAAAGAUCUUUAAAGAAACCCAGAAAGAUCUCAUGGAAGUGAAGGCCAUUUCUACGUCUCUAGAACCAGUAGAGCAAGUACAAAGAAAGGCUACUUGUGAGGUAAGUGUGUCUCUUGAUUCCUUCUUGAACAACCUCCAAGAAACUAAGCAGCCAGACAUACAAAUUCUGCUACUCUGCAUUGCAAUGGGCGCAGGGUACCAUGCGGUAAAGAAAACGUUUCAAUAUAUUCUGAGGUGUGAAGAAAUAGACUUCCUAUCAAAUGAAAUGCAAAGAGCGCACAAUAGAUACCAGGAGCUCAAAACUAUUUGCAGCUACAGGGCUCACGCAUUCCUGGUGCUCACAGGGCUAACCGCUACUGCUAGAGUCACAGCUGUGUCUCCACAAGAGAAAACACAACGCUUGUCAUUAAUAAAACAGCACAUAGGACAAUCAUUAGCAGAAGAAGUUGCACAUGUUCUCAGCAAACUCGGAACAUUUUAUGAUUGGGAAAACCUGGAGAAAGACUUGACAUUGCUCAUUGAUGGGGAUUAUAAGGCCAUCAUAUCUCCAUUGCAAGUCAAUGAGGUGAUGAAAGAAUUGCAAACUAUCUUCCAUGAAAAGAACCCACCCCAUGAAUCACAUGAAAAGGAAAAUAACAAAUGGGAACUCACAGAGAAUAGGCCCUUGCAAGACUUACUCCAGCGUCUAAGCCUAAAGCAUUACUACCCCCAAAAGAUGAGCAGAGCUGAUGUUCAUUUGAUCUACAAAGCUUCUGUGUAUAACACCCUGCCCAACUCUGAGCAGGACCUUCCCUUCCACUUCCUGCAGAAGCUGCUCAUGCUGGAUUAUGGACUGAGAUAUCUGGUCUUCAAAGAUGAGGGAAACACAGAAAGGCAAGAUUACCCAAGUGUCGCAAGUCUAGAAAAUCCAGCUUUUGAUCCACAUGCAGAUCUAUUUGAAGAUAGUGGUGGUCCCACUAACAUUCCAACACCUAGCCCCAGGCCCCACAUCCACCCUAUGGAUGUCCAGAUGGCAAUUCUUCACUGUGCAGAUGACUUUGCCAGACAAUAUAUUUUGGGCAAACUUGCCGUGUGUCAGUUUGCCCUCCCCCUUCUAAUACCAAAUCCCUGCAAUUCUCAGAUUGAAUUCUCCCUCUGGUCACUCAGGCAAAUUAGGAAAACCUGGAAAGAGUCAAGGACACCAGCAACUAAGAACAACAAUUUCAGGAAUCAGCAGAUGUGCCAGGUCUCUACCCCCAUUGUGUCCUUCAUUCGAGUUGGAAGUGGCUUCUCUGCUUCCAAAUCUCAGAUCAUGAACUGUCUGCUCAGUCACCAUAAACAUGAUGUCUUUUUUAACAGACACUGCAAAGGGAGCAGCAAAGACUGUCUCUUGAUGCAAGGGGUGGUGGAAAUCUGCUGGUACUGCCCCGGGGGGGAAGAGGAAGACAGAUUUCACAACUGCCUGACCUUCACCAAUCUUCAUGGAGAUGCUAAGGAACACCAGGAGCAACUCACCUUCCUGCAGGAGGUCUCUUCCCUCCUUGUGGUCCUCAUGUCAACUGCUGAUGACAACAAAGAAAAUGAACAAGUUUUCAGAAAGCUUAGGAAGUCCUCAAAACCUCUGAUCUUUUUGCUUGAAACUGAAGAAAAAACUGCAAAUAAAAACUCUGGUCAAAUAGUGAAAAUCGGAAUCAGAAACAGAAAUGAGGCUGAAUUAACAGAAGAGCUCAUGUCUACAAUCCAGUGUUUGCUAGAGAGAUCUGAUGCUACUCUAAGCCUGCAGGACUGUGCUCAGAUUGCUCGCAAACAGGGAUUCCUUGUUGACGAAGACCAGAAAGACUGCAAGGAGGCCAAAGAAAAGGCAGAGAUACUAAUGGCCCUACUGGAAGAACCUGAGAUAUCUCAGAUAAAGGAAAAGUUACUGCCCCUUCAGGGACAACUUUGGCACCUAUGGUGUCAGAAGGACAAAGAACUGUAUCACCUGAGAGAGAAGGGCAAUCGGAGCAUUGAACAACACAAGAGUGAAACUGAGUUAGAAAAGCAUAGAAUACGAUGUCAACAGUUGACCAGAGCCUUUCCUCUCAAUGAUUUAAUGAAAUCUGUCCUUCAAAUUCUCCAAAAACAUUCAGAAACUCACAUGAAAUUUUAUUUCUUGCAAUGGUUGAGUUUGUUUUUGGAGAAUCACACUGAAGGACACUUGGAAAAUCUGAAUCAAAAGAAAAAGACUUUGUGGUCACAGAUACAAACAGAAAAGCAAAAUGUACUAAAGAGCAUCAGUCAGAAAAACUUGGAAAAUAAGCUAGAAGCUAUCUCCAGAGAGAUUAAUGACUGUACUCUGGGGAUUGAGCAGCUUCUCAGAGAAGUUAGCCAGCUCUAUGAAGCUCUGGAAGAAGUUUCUUCCACAAAAGAUAAACUUAUCCUGGCUCUCCCCCAGAUUGCUGCAGAUCUGAUGAUCGCUGGGGUUCCAAUUGAGCUGAUGGAUGGGGACGCUUCCUAUGUGCCUCUGAAGUGGGUGGCAGCUGUGUUUGACAAGGUCUCUGAGAGUCUAGGGGACAAACGACUGUUUGUUCUCUCUGUUCUGGGCCUGCAGAGCUCAGGGAAGUCCACCCUGCUGAAUGCCCUUUUUGGGCUGCAGUUCACUGUCAGUGCGGGGAAGUGCACCCGGGGGGCCUAUAUGCAGCUCCUGAGGGUGGAAGAGACAUUCGCAGAAGAACUGGGCUUUGAUUUUGUGCUGGUCGUAGACACAAAAGGCCUUCGAGCCCCAGAACUCCACAACAAAUCCCAGAAUUGGGACAAUGAGUUGGCAACAUUUGUCACUGGACUUGGAAACUUGACUCUGGUCAAUAUUUUUGGAGAGAAUCCAUCAGAAAUGCAAGACAUUCUACAAAUAGUUGUCCAAGCCUUUCUGAGGAUGAAACAAGUGAAAAUCUAUCCAAGCUGCCUCUUUGUCCAUCAGAACACGAGAGAAGACACAGCUGGAGAACAAACCAUGGAACGACGAAGGCAGUUAGAGCAGAGACUGGAUGAAAUGGCAGCAAAAGCAGCUGAGCAGGAACAGUGCUCAGAUGUGACCCGAUUCAGUGAUGUCAUUAAGUUUGAUGUCAACACUCACGUCUCCUACUUUGCACACCUGUGGGACGGCAACCCCCCAAUGGCCCCUCCUAAUCCUCGCUACAGUCACAAUGUCCAGGACCUAAAGAGCAGGAUUCUUCUGACCGCCAAGCGGCAAUCCAGGGGAAGCAUCAUGAGGAUAUCGGAUGUCAAACUGCGAGUCCAGGACUUGUGGAGAGCACUAGUGAGUGAGAACUUUAUUUUCAGCUUCAGGAACACCCAAGAGGUCAUGGCCAUGAGCAAACUGGAAACUAUGUACAAUUCCUGGACCUGGGAGCUGAGGAGCCAUGUGCGGGGCUUGCAGGACAAGAUCAUCAACCAGAUUCAGAAUGGGAAAACUGACAUAGGCCUAAUGGAAGAGCUUCAUAAUCCUGCCACAGAAAAAUAUGAGGCCAUCAAGCAAGAACUUGAAACAUAUUUUAAUGAAGAUCCAGAUAGUGAAAUACUGGUUCAGUGGAAAGAAAAUUUUGAGAGUAAGUUAAACAGCCUCAAAGACCAACUUAUUGCAGAGAACCAAGGAAAAGCCAAUGAACUUAUCAGCUUUAAAAAUAGUGAAGAAAAACUGGAAAACAAAAAAUCAAAUUAUAAGAAGGAAUUGCUAAAAAGAAGUCGAAAGUUGGCUUUAAGUGUAAAGGGCAAACAACUGAGUGAGGAUGAGCUAUGUAAAAGAUUCAAUGAACUUUGGCAAAAAUGGGUCUCCGAAGUAUGCUCACCACUCCAUGUAGUUCCAGAAAUUGAUGUGGAUGCAGAAAUUGAUGUGGAUGCAGAAAACACCCUUUUGCAACAUUUCAACAAGGAGAAAAAUAUAGUGAACAUACUGAAAGAAAAUUCUGGGAAAAAAUUUGAAAUUGAUUAUGGCAAGCAUGUCCAAAUGAACAAGAAAUAUAAGGUGUUUCGAAGGCAAUUAGAGGCCCACGAUGAACAAACCAUAAAGAGGACCAGGGAUCACAUUGUUUCAAAAUAUGAAGAAAUUAUUACCAACAUUUGGAAGCAACAGCGUGACUACAAUUCAAGUUAUUUCCACGAAAUCCUGAAAAUAAUAGAGCAAGAAGUGAAAUCUGCACCAAUUAAGGAAAGAUACACAUUUACAAGUAGAUAUAAAAUUGAUUUGUCUAUGAGUUUAUUUCAAAGUGCAUCAGAAAGAUUUAAGGAGAUGCACAAGGCAUUCAAGCAAGCAAACGAUCCUGUCAACUACCUGGAAAGCAAGAAAGAGGAUUUCUUCAUGAGUUUUAAGAUCUCUUGUCAGGGAGCAACUUCAAUCAAAACAUUUGUUGAUUUUCUGUGGAACAAGCUCACUCCUGCUGUCCUCACUACCAUCAUGGGGCAAAUGGUUCAUCACAUUUCAAAUGAUAUUCAAACUUGUUCUACUUUCAAUGGUAACAGAGCCAACCUGGAAAAACACAUUCUCAUCUCUCUAGCAGAAGAAGAGAAUUUUGAGAAUUACUGGCAGUACCUUCAUCAAACACAAUCAUAUUUCAGGAAUUACAUUGAAAGUUACAUUCAAAAAUAUUGUUCAGACAAAGAAAGUGAAAAAAUGAAGAAUUUUUUAAAAAUAAGUUUAGAUGAUAUCAAGAAUACCAUCCUUUCAGCCAUUCAAAAAUCCACUGAAAUAGCUAAGGAUAAAAGCAGCACUGUUUCUGAGUGGUUGGAUUUGUUCUGUGAUCAACUGGGGAGUAACCUAGUCUUGCCUCGAAAGGACCUGGUGAGCAUUGAACACCAGGAGAUAAAAGACAGUGAUUUCCUCAAAGAAGCCAUGAGUGAAGCUUUGGACUCUGCAAUGGAAAUAGUAGCACAGAACUGCCAGAGCAAGUUUGUAGAAAAAAUGGUUCCUGAAAUUGAGAAAAGGUUCUCUGAACAUCUCUGGGGUUGCUGGGAACAGUGUCCUUGCUGUGGAGCAAUUUGUACCAACACAGUCCCUGCACAUACGGGAGACCACAGUGUUCCAUUCCACCGUCCUGGGGCUGUCAAUGGAGAGGAUUGGCAUAAGACAGGACAUUUUGUCAUCGAGUGCUGUACUAGUUUGGUAGCAAGUACGUAUGUAAUUGUUUUGGAAGAUGGCAGAAAAAUCCCAUGGAAACAUUACCGAAAGGCAGGAAGGAAAUAUGCCAAAUGGAGCAUCACACCAGACUCAUCCAUCCAGCCAUAUUGGAAAUGGUUUGUCUGUCACUUCAAAGAAAAGCUACAAGAAAAAUAUCAGAAAAAGUUUGCUGGAAGGGGUGAAAUCCCUGAGGCUUGGACCAAAAUCACAAAGCAGGAUGUGCUGAAUGACUUGAAAAGAUAA